AUGGAUGGUGUGCAGCCGCCAGCAGACUGGCCCACGCGCGGCGAGAUCGAAUUCCGCAACUACAGCAUGCGCUACAUCCCGGAUCAGGCCCUGGUACUAAAGAGCGUCUCGUUCACGAUCAAGAGCGGCGAGCGCAUUGGCAUUGUGGGCCGCACUGGUGCAGGCAAAUCGUCGCUGACACGUGCAUUGUUCCGGCUAGUUGAAGGUGAAGGCGGGUCGAUUCUGAUUGACGGCGUCGACAUCGCAACUCUGCGUGCUGACAGUCUGCGUCCGAAUAUUACAAUUAUCCCGCAAGAUGCCACUCUCUUCGAUGGUUCUGUCAGGGCAAACCUUGACCCGCUGAAGCAGUUUUCGAUUGAGGACAUGUGGGCAGCGCUUAUCAAGGCAGAUAUGGUCGGCGUGAUCAACUCAGAGAAUAUGCACGACAAGGCAAGAAAAAUCGACGAUGACAGCGACUGGUACAUUGGGGAGUCGAACUGGGUUGGCGGUAGCACACUGACCUCAGGACAGCGGCAGCUUUUCAGUCUGGCCCGUGCGCUGAUGCGCAAACGCAAGAUCCUGGUUCUUGACGAGGCGACGGCAGACGUUGACCUCAAGACAGACAAAACUAUCCACGACGUCAUCCACAAGGAGUUUGCCGGCUGUACGAUCCUGACCAUCGCGCAUCGCCUUGAAACCGUCAUGAGCAGCGACCGCAUCAUCGUCAUGGAUCAUGGUAGUGUCGCCGAGUUCGACACGCCUGCAAAUCUUCUGGCCAAGGGCGGGCUGUUUGCUGAGCUGUUCAAGUCCAAUGAUUUUGCUAACACCUAA